CAGCUACCAAGUAUUUCGUGAAGGGUUUUUUCUCGACUCUGAAAUCGCCGUUAUCGAGCAUCAAAAUGAGCGUCCAAUCUCAGAUGCCUUGGGAAACGCUGAGGGCGGAAACGCUGAGAGCAGUGCUCAAGGACCUCGAAGUGAAGCAGUACUUCAGCAAGAAGGACGAAAUGGUCCAAUUCUUGCACUCGGUAGAAAGGAAUGGUGUCGAAUCCGAUGUUGGGAGACCUGAGCGUACGCGACACCGCGAGCCAGGGGCACAGGCCGGACCAUCUCGCUCGCGGCUUGUGCGCCCGGGAAAGCUCAUUGCCUACGUGGAGAUCCAGAAGCGUGUACCCCGACAUCAUCAUGUCGCUCCCAACGCCAUACAGGUGUCGCCAACGUACAGGGCGGGCAGAAUUAGCGCACGAAAGCAGUCAUUCGAGGGAGUUGUGUUACCUCCAUCGCCAACUCGUAGAAAACGUGCAAAAAGUGGACAAUUUCUCAUUGGAGUUAUAAUGCCGUCCAUAAGCAAUGCAAUUGCAGGACCCUCGUCAUCGAGCAGAAGCGACGAAGACGUUGGCGAGAGCGCAAGCGCGAGGAUAUCAGGGAAGGGUAAAGGCAGAGCGUAGUGCUGGAAUCAAAGAUUGACCGCGAGAAAUGGUGCUGAACGAGGGUCGCCUGGCCUUGGACAUUGCGACAAUCCCACAUCUCUCCAAAGUCAUCAUUUUGUAUAUCCGGCGAUGGAGCUUGUCCACAUGUAUGAUACAGCGCGAAAACACAGCGCAACUACUGUACAAACAUCUUGUAUGAAUUUCAUAGCCACUGAAUCUCAGUUCUCAAGAGAAUAC